AUAAAGCAUGGCAUCACAAUCGAACAAUAAUAUAUUAAGCAGUGAAGUCGAAGAGUCUUCCUUACCAUUACCCCUAGAACUAAAACAUUGUUUUGAUAAUUUAAUUGUUAUUGAUGCUGGUGCAAACCUUACAAAUAAAAAAUAUAGCAGAGACUUGGAAUCGGUCAUACAAAGAGCAAAAGAUGCAGGUGUUCAAAAAAUUAUGGUUCCCGGUACUUCUGUUAAAUCAAGUAAGGAAGCCUUACGCUUAUCACGUUUAUAUCCCGAUAUAAUAUACUCGACUGCUGGCAUACAUCCUCACGACUCAAAGUCAAUAAUAGAAGAACCAACAAGUUGGUUUGAAUUUACACAUAUAGCAGAAUCCCAAGAGUGUGUGGCAAUCGGUCCGUGUGGCCUUGACUAUCAACGGGACUUUUCAGAACCAGAAGUUCAAAAAGAAAUCUUCGAAAAACAAAUUAAUCUAGCUUGUAGUUUGGGGAAAGCUCUUCUUAUACAUGAACGAUCAGCACAGAAAGACGUUCUCGAUAUACUUGAUAAAUUCGAACACUUACCGCCUGCCAUCAUUAUCAGAGGGUUCAUGGGUACAUGUGAUGAGGCAAUACAAUAUUUAAAUAGAAGGUUUUACAUAAGUCUCACUGGUUAUUUAUGCAAGGACAAAUCAGAUACAGGAGUCCGUAAACUGCUGGAGGAUGGUACAAUACCAUUAGAUAGAUUGCUGGUCGAAACUGAUUCACCAUUUAUGUAUCCAAAUACGAGAGCUUCUAAGCUUCCUCAAAACGUCAAGACUGCCAUAACGGAACGUUCAUUACUGUAUUUACAUAGGUAUUGCACUUUUCAACGUAAUGAACCUUGCAGCUUACCAGCCAUUGUGGAGAUGAUAGCUGCAUUUAUGAAUAAAACACCCGAUGAAGUAGCAUUGGCUACUGCAUUCAAUGCUCUUAAACUAUUUGGGCUUUCCUAGAUCCUAUACUGGAAAAAGUGGGUUGGGCUUCCAAUGUGCAAAAAUGCACAUUUUCCAACGAUUUGAAAUAAAGUGGUACUAGUGGCUCUAA